AUGGCCGCAGAAGAGGGACUCGCGGAUGGGAGCAUGGCCGACAUUGUUCGUGCACUUGAGCUCAUUCACAAUCCGUCGUCAACGAACGAGCUCCGCAGGGAGGCUCUGCAAUUCGUGGAGUCGCAGAAAGGAAGCCCCUCCGCUGCCCAUAACGGCUUUCUGUUAGCAUCUCGAAGAGAGAAUGACGCAUUGGUUCGCUAUUUCGGAUUGACUCUUCUCGAUCAUGUCCUUCGCAAUACCUCAUUCACCGCCACAGACGAACUAGCGAUCUUGAAAGACAUUGUGUUGAAGCUUGCCGAAUCCAUCCAACCAGAAGACCCUGCAUAUAUCCGAAAUAAGAUCCCGCAGUUAUGGGUCGAGGUCGCCAAGCGAAGCUGGGGGUUAGACUGGCUUGAUAUGGACCAACGUCUCGUCCAGCUCUGGAACGCUAGCCUUGUGCAUAAAGAACUGGUCCUACUGAUUCUCGAGACUCUAUCGGACGAUAUCUUCUACAGAGAGGAUACUGUUUCCUCUUUACGCGGAACGGAUUUAAACCGAGCGCUGGUAGAAAUCUACACGCCAUUGGCCGUAUUCGAGCAAGCGCACCCCGAACGAGACAACCACGUUGAAACUCGCUGUGGUAAUGAAGGUUGGCUAACCCGAAUCUGCGAGUUCCUCCAGCAAUGCAUUGGAAGCAUACAACACUCAAAGGAGGCAAAGGACGCUGCUUUGAAGGCCCUGGCCAACCUAAAAUCCGUAUUGGUAUGGGCGAUACCUAAGGCCGUCCAUUCUUCAGGCUGUGUCCAAAGUAUCGCCAGCGCUUUCGCCUGUACUGAUGAACAGGUGUUGUUGGCCGCCGUCGAAGCGUUGCAUGCACUUUACAGCAGGUCGGCUUAUGACAUUGAGAGUUUCCAACCAUUGGUGCAUCUGAUGUACGAAACGAACUCUCUAAAUGUACUAUUGAAGCUGUUUCAGUGGUCGGUCGUUACCCCAGAUGACAUCGACGACACAAAGUACACGAUAUCUAAAAAGCUUUCUGAGAUGGUUUCCUAUGUUGCUGGGUUUCUCGAAGAAAAAGGCUUCUCAAUUGAAAGUUCAGCUGGUGUUGACUUGCCAUUCUUUUUCCAUCUCAUGUUAAACGUUGUUCAGCAUCGCAGUCUCACCGUGUCGAUACCCGUUCUCCAUAUAUGGUCCAAACUAAUUGCCACUUCAAAGGUUGGGAAUCUAGAUGUUGUGGUCAACCUCAUUCCUCCACUACUAACCUUGUGUACUGAACGCCUUGUGCAUUGGGAGUCUCUCCCCACUGACUCGGAGGAUUCCACCGUAAUUUUUCUUAAUGAAGAUAUCGACACCGUGCCAGAAAGACAUGCCUUUGUUGGAAACUAUCGACGCUAUUGUUCGUCCAUCAUCGAAACGAUAGUGCAGAAGCGACCCGAAGAAGCGAUCCCGCAUAUUCUCCUCGGGGUGGACAACAGUUUAGAUAGUCUGUACAACGGGGUCGAGGCAUUUACAGUGAAACUCUUUUCGAAAAACUCGGUGCCUCUGAUGCGCGCGGAUACCCAGUUUGCAGUAGUGGAGGCUACCCUGAAGGGCUAUGCUAAAUGGGUUGCGUUGCAUGGAAGAAUGCCGCAGCAAGAUGAACAAAGACGUGGCCAGCUGGAAAAUACCCUGGAGACCUGGGCAUACAAGUUGAUGCAAAGGAACUUUGAAGACCCAGUCUUGAAGCAACGCAUUGUGAAACUCGCCGUCGAUAUAUCAGCGAAAGCUCUUAAUAAAACACCUAGUUUCGCACUCAAGGUCCUCGAGUACACUCUCAUGACACGCCUGCCUGACCAAUCUGAGUUUCCGAACUAUUCAGAGGCUGUGAAAGAGUUACACGCACUGGCCAGCCACGAGUUGCGUCGACUUGCAACUCGCUAUGCCGAAUACUUUGCUACGUUCUAUGACCUUCUGGAGCCUAAGAUCCAGGAAAUUACCUUGGCCAACCAGGUAGACGACAAGCUUCAAAUGGAGUUCACCUCAAUCCUCCUUAUCAUUAUGCAACGUGCGAACAACGUCGACCCGUAUCUGCGCCAGUCCCGACUAGCGUCGUUUGUUGAACCCAUCAAGCAGUCCUGGCAGGACGAAGGCAUCCGCAAUAUGUGCUCCACCUUUGAUGGGUUUUGCAACUUGCUUGGACUGCAGAACGUGGGGCCGUACAUGCAAUCAAAACAGGCUCAGAAGCUAGCGGAUUGGUCAGAAGUGGCCCUCGAUGCGGAGGGUAUCCGGGUUCAAGACGAAAUGACACGGAAAUUUCAGCAACUUCCGUUGAGGGGUACUAAAACAAUGUUGGCAGUCUCCACAGACAGGCUCAAGAAAGCGGAGCCGCCGUAUGAGCUUGCCUGUACCCUUUGGCGCGACCUUAUCCCAGUCAUCUUGCCAACCCUAUUGCAACUUGUCAGCAACGCUCAUGCAUUCCACAAUCCGGAAAACUGGGCAGGUCUGCCUGGGGAUAUGUGGGGUAUUGUUGAGCGCAUACUAACCGAUAGAUUUUGGCAAGCCGGCAUCUCGACUGGAAGCCGGGAUGAGUUCUACGCGAAAAUCACCGCCUCACGGAUGUCUCUCGAGGGCUUUGCAUCGUCGGUCAGAGGAAAGGUCAGGGCCGUCAGGGAAUCCUGCUACUCGAUGCUUUUCAGCAUGAGUAGACUGCGCGAGCAUUUUUACGGGUUUGCAGAACUGCCAGGCCCUCUCUCGCAAGCUCUGUACAAAGACUCUGCCCAUCUCUCCUCCCAUCAAUUCUCCGUUCUUCUCAACAUAUCUAGGUGCAUGAUUGACGAGUGCCCCGUCCGCUUCCGAGGGCAAUUUUUGCCCCCAAUGCUCUCCACUUUGUUUGUUAACAUUGACCGCAAAGUCACAUCUGAGUGGGAAAUCAUUGAGCAACGAAAGGAAGGAAUACGUGAUGGCGACCUGGCUGACGAAAUGAAGUCAGAGAGUAUUCUGCGACAGCUGACGUACUCCGCGGUUAUCAUGGUGGCAAGCCUCCUGGACCCGCAACGUGGAGAUCCUGAUGAAGAAACCACGGAUCCAAGUGCGCCCCAACCACUGCCCGCGCUCUCAGACUCUAUUCGCCACUUUGUCCUUUCCUCCCCCGAAAUUUUCGAGCCAGUGAUGCUCUUCUGCACCCACGCAUUGCGUAUGCGUGAUACCCGAUGUUGCAGCAUCAUAACGCGAGUGAUUCGAUCUAUUUUGCAGGACUUUGCUCCUCCCCACAACUCACAAACCGUCGUCACUAUUCGCGAGUUCAUUUCCUCUGAAGUCCUCAAAGCCUGCAUCACAUCCGUGCACGAGCCCUAUUUCGUUGAUAUGCAGAAAGACCUCGCCCAGCUGAUCGCAUCCAUAUGGGUUCUCUAUGGCGCGAGCACACCCACACCAAGGGCCCUGAUCCGCAGCCUCCCUGGAAUGACAGAGGAAAAGGUCGCCAGUACCGAAGCUGCUCUCGUGCGCUCCACAUCAGCCCGCCAACAGCGAGCAUUGGUGCUUGACCUUCUAGAAGGCCUAAGGGGCGUCAGCAUCGCUGAACAAGGCAAGAUUCUAGGAUCGCGCGAAGAGCGCCGCAAAGCGCGGAGUGCUCUCCAAGAAAGAUAUAUGAGCAAUGAGAUGGAGGGUCAGCAAGCCCAAACGGUCGAUAUAAACGAUGGGCCGGAUCUUUCCGGCGUCGCGGACUUGUUUGGUUAA